GAAAAUGGCGGAGGGUGGUGUUCCAGAGCCGGAGGAGCAGGAGCGGAGGUCUUCUAAGCCAGGGCCCCCGAGCGCGCGGGACUUACAGUUGGCCUUGGCAGAACUGUAUGAAGAUGAAGUGAAAUGCAAAUCUUCCAAGUCUGAUAGACCUAAACCUACCAUCUUUAAGAGCCCACGAACACCACCUCAACGGUUUUAUUCGGGUGAACAUGAUGGUUUACAUAUUGUUCGACCAUCAACUGGGAAAAUUGUGAAUGAACUUUUCAAAGAGGCACGGGAACAUGGGGCCGUMCCUCUGAAUGAAGCCACACGAUCUUCAAGUGAGGACAAAUCCAAGUCAUUUACAGGUGGAGGAUACAGAUUGGGUAAUUCCUUUUGUAAGCGGUCUGAAUAUGUCUAUGGAGAAAAUCAGCUGCAAGAUGUUCAAAUUUUGCUUAAACUGUGGAGCAAUGGCUUCAGUUUAGAUGAUGGAGAAUUGAGACCUUACAAUGAUCCAACAAAUGCUCAAUUUUUGGAAUCUGUUAAGAGAGGAGAGAUUCCUUUGGAGCUUCAGCGACUGGUUCAUGGUGGCCAAGUGAAUUUGGAUAUGGAAGAUCAUCAGGAUCAAGAAUACAUAAAACCUAGAUUGAGAUUCAAGGCUUUUAGCGGAGAAGGGCAAAAACUUGGAAGCCUUACACCUGAGAUAGUCAGUACACCUUCCUCCCCAGAAGAAGAGGAUAAGUCAAUACUUAAUGCAGUUGUUCUUAUUGAUGAUUCAGUGCCAACUACAAAAAUUCAAAUCAGGUUAGCAGAUGGGAGUCGUCUGGUACAAAGAUUCAAUAGUACACACAGGAUACUGGAUGUUCGGAACUUUAUUAUACAGUCCCGUCCUGAAUUUGCAACUCUUGACUUCAUUCUGGUGACUUCAUUUCCAAAUAAAGUGCUGACAGAUGAAAGCCUGACUCUACAAGAAGCAGAUAUUCUUAACACUGUGAUACUCCAGCAACUAAAAUAAUAUUGCUGCUGUCUAUGCAAUAGCAUAUAGGAAUAGUUAAUGUGCCAUAUUAAUAAGAAAACUACUCCCAGCAUAAAGACAACCAAAUUUUUUUAUCAUUUCUACAAAUAAGUUUUGGUUUUAUUGUUUUUCUAUCUUCCAGCCUUUAGAUGAAUUUGGACUACAGAUAGAUCUUGAGUUUGUUGCAGGGCUAGCUUCUGUUGAUAGUUUUUAAAUUCCUAGGCAAACCUGUUUGUUACUUGCCCAGUAUUAAUGUAGCAACAUUUGUUUGCAGAGAAAAUGAGCAAAACCCCUUUUUGAUAAACUCAUUGAUGAAAUUCACACUGAAUUUUCCUGAUGCAGCAGUGACCAACAGUCAUUAAAAAUUCUUUUGAUAAAUAAGUUGAAAUUUCUCUUUAAUAUAUACUUAAAGUAUCUGUAUUCUGAUUUUGAAAUUGUUUGAUUAUAUAAUUAUUUCUCCUAUGAAGGUUUUACACAUUCCUUUAGUUAACUGAUUUAGUAUUACAAAAUAUGAUUUUUCCUUGUAUUUUGUAAGUCAUUGGUUCUUGAGAAGAUAUAGUAAGAAGCACUUUAAAAUCAAGUAAUUAUAAUCUCUCCCAGAGCCUGACUCGAUCAUGUUCAUUUAUUCAUUCAACAGAUAUUUCUAGGGGAUCAACUAAAUACUAUUGUUAAGUGCUCAAUCCAGAAUGUAUUCUACUCCAGAAAAAAAAAAAAACUACUCUAUAAAUACAGGAAUAUAACUUUAGUCAGAUAAGACUGAAUCUAAAGAAUUAGCCUCAUAAAUAUUUGCCAUUUCUGCUGAAGCCAGGUACUUCCCAAAUGGGGAAAGUUACAUUAGGAAUGAGGAGAAAGCUUUUCUUUUUCCCAGAUGCCACUUCACCUUUGAUCAUCWCUUCUGGUUAGUUUCAUAUUGCUGCCAUAACAAAUUAUAGAACUUAUAGUUUAAAGUAACAGAUGUGGUAUCUUUUAAUUCUAUAGAUAAAUGUUGAGCAUGGCCUUCCUGUGUCAUAAUGAAGGUGCUGGCAGGGCUGCAUUCCUUUGAGGGGACUCUAGAGGCAAGUCAUUUGCUUAGCCUUCCAGCCUCAAGAGUCCACCUGCAUUCCUUGGCUUGUAGCUUGUGCACCAUUGCAUCUCUCUUGACAAUAGCCUGUAACACUUCUCUGGUUUUAAAGACUUGUGUGAUUAGACUGGAUCAACCAGAUAAUUUGGGAUAAUCUCCCCCAUCUUAAGAACCAUAGUAAUCAUAUCUACAAAGUCGCCUUUACCAUUUAAGGUUACAUGUUCACAGGUUUGGGGAUUAAGACAUGAACAUGGAGGAGACAAGUUAGUCUUAUGCCUCUCUCAAAGAUUCACAUCCAUUCCAUGUAAAUUCUCCCCAUCUAGAGGUGCUCAAAAUUUUCAGCCUAUUAAAACAUCAACUCAAGAGUCUACAAUAUUACCUGAGUUUCACCAGCUCAAAACCCAAGUUUCAUUUAAAUUCUCUAAGUUAAAUAUAMGAGAUGAUCUGGGUAUGAUUCCUAGGCCAUAAUUCCUUUCCACCUUUGAACCUAGAAAUUAUCUGCUCUGAAUUGUAAUGGCAAAACAGCUGUAGAAUAAAGUUAAACUCCUAUUCAGAAAACAGGCAAUGGAGUGAAGAAAGGAGCCGAGCCGCUGGAGCCAACAGUUUACAAAUCCAGCCAGGCACACUCCAUUAGGUUUCAUGGCCUGGGAUUAAUGUAUGACUCAUAGCUCAGUCCUCUAGGCUUGUGACUCCAUCUCAUCAUCUUUCCUUUUCUCAAAAGUAGGACAUGUUAGCAGCUGAACAGUUUUAUUACCUUUUUUGUUCCUUUUUAAAUGUCAUAUUCUAUACCUUUCAGAUUAAGAUAGCAGACUUUCUGAUGGUAUAAUAUUGUCAAAAACUUGUGGGCCUCCUGCAUAUGUUGUGGAGCUCCAUUAGAUAGGAGACUCCUCCACACAUCUUCCUAAAUAGUUUUAUCUCUGUUUUUAGCUUUUCCUGAAAUAAUUGAGAUCUGUGAGUCACACCCUUAAUAUCUUCAGAGAGCCUUCUGUGUGAUAGAAUACUCACCUCUUGAUUUUUCUGGGGUAUCAGCAAAAUGUUAUAUAGCCACACCCUUAUAUUUCUGUAGAGCAGGCUUUCCUGACAACGACUCGCUAAAUUUUAGUGUCUUGCCAGUGGGGUAGGCUGAGAAUUUCCUAAGUCAUCCAGGCCUAGAUUCCUUGUGUUUAUCUGUCUACUUUUACAUUGGAUUACAAUCAGCUGGAAGAAAGCAGAUCAGAUCUUCUGAUCUGCUUGGAAAUAACUAAAUGUUUAAGUUUACAGUUCAUAUAUUAUUUCUUCUAAUAAUCUAUUCUCARUCAGUUUAGCUAUUCACCCUAGAGAAUACCUAAAUCACUACCAAGCCCCUUAACUUCCUUCAAGCCCUCCUUUGCAUUAACUUUCAGAUUUCUAUGAACGAUCUGUUUAAGACAAAUGAAGCUCUUACUGUCGUGUUCCUCAGAAUUCUUUCAGCCGUUACCCACUGCUUAAUUCUAAAGCCAUUUCUACCUUUUUUGGUAUUUGUUACCUGCUACCAAAAAGCAUUCCACUUUCAGGUGUCUAUGCACUGCCAGUUGACUUGAAUGUGUUUCUGAGAGAUUUGAGAGUCACCUUUCCCUGAGAUCACUGGUUAUUUCAAGGAGUGAGCUAGGUAGAGGUUUUAAUCUAGGGAGUACUACUAGAACUAUUGCAGGAUCAAUGUAUUGAAUCUGUCCCUUCAGAGAAUUCUUCUCAGUGUCACAUAGAGGAAGAAGAUUCUUCCUAAGUUUCUCUGCCACAAUAGGAAGCCAUGUUCCUUUCCACUUAUUAAAAAUAACAUAAAUAAUAAGAGUCCCAAUUCAAAAAUACUAUCGGGGGGAAAAAACUCCCUUUUAAAUAGAGCAAAAUUAUCUUCCUAAGAAAACAAGGAAUGAGUUUUUAUUUUUUCUCAGACAAGAAGUCUUACUAUGUUGGGAGGCUGGCCUCAAACUCCUGGGCUCAAGCAAUUCUCCUGCCUCAGCUYCCAGAUUAGGUGGGAUUAUAGGUGCA